UGGCUGAAGCAAAAUGCUUUAUGUUACAUUCUUCACAGUAGUUCCCGUGCAAUUCUGCCACUGCUGCCACAACGCGUGUGGUGGCACGCCCCAGCCAGGGGAAGGCUCUUCCCCCGGACAAGGCUCUCUCUGACCUGCCGGCGGGAUUUUUAGCAUUAGAAGGAGGCGAGUUCCGCGAAGGAGCCGCGGAGCUUGAGUUUGCUGGCCAAGUUGGCAACGUAGCCCCUCCGAGGUGUGCAGGGUGCCCGUGCUCCAAGCAGGCCAUCUCCUCGCUCUGCCGGUGAGGGAUGCCUUUGCCUUUCCCAGACCCAGAGAACGUCUUUCUCGCCCCCGGCGGAAUCUUUCUCCGGGGGUCUCCAAGCUGACCCUUCCCCCCCGGGGCAGGGCCAUGAGGUGAGCGUCCCCCGCCUGCCAGGGCCCCGCCGCGGGGGCAGCAAUGGGCUGGCACAGGCGCCCCCCGCCCUCCCGAGGGGCCGGGGGGGGCCGGGGCGGGCCGGGGGCGGUGCUCGGGGCAGGGGCGGUGCCCCAGGGGCCCGGUGACGCGCGGAGGCCGGGCUCUGACGUCACAGAGCCCUGCCGGGCCCCGCCCGGCGCUGGAGGGCUGUGCCGCGGGCACCGCUUCAGCAGUGCCGGCAGCGGCAGCGGCGCGGGGCAGGCGCAGGGGGCCAUGGCCCCCACCCGCCUCCUCCUCCUCGUCCUGGUGGCCCUGCAAGCCCGGCGUGUCAGCGGUGCGCGGUGGCGAGCGCGGGGAUUAGGCGUGCGGGCAGCUGUGCCCGUAGCCAGUGGCCACCCGAAUUCUCCGCCGGAUCUUCUCUGGGAGCCUCAGGGCGAUCCCACAGACGUGGCUGGAGGCGAUGGCUACCCAGCUUCCCAGCCGGCUUCCAGGGCUGACGCUCAGGGAGAUCGCGUGGAUGUGGGUGCAGGGAGGGCUCUUCCCGCUUCUCGGCUGGAUCUUGCGCUGGAGCUCACCUGGCAUCGCAGGGGUCCUCCGAGAGCCAAGUACAGAGCGGAAAUGGAAAAAUCUUCCCCGCGGUCAUCAGAAGUCCUAGAGGGAGUCCUGAAGGAACUGGACAAAGCAGCACAUGAGAUGGACCAAGAGACUGUGGAGAACGAGGCGUUUCAGGGAGGACGCAGUCAGGCAGUGAGAGUGUCUGAUGCAAAAACGGGGGCAAUUCAGUCAACAGGCCUCCCAGUUCUGUCCAAGCCCGGGAACGCCCACCGCGCCAGGAUAUAUGGAUUUUUUCGAAGCAGUCCAGUUCUGUCCAAGCCCGGGAACGCCCACCGCGCAGGGACAUAUGAAGUUUUUCGAAGCAGUCCAGGUGUGGGUGGCAAGACAAAUGCAAAUGCUGCGGGUCAUGGAAACUUCAUGGAGUACUGCGUGGAGGGUGCCAGUGGCAGUCCUGGGCUCCAUGCUGCUUGGGAUGGUGUUUUGUUGUGUGUUCCACCUGUGGAGGAAGCGAAAACACUUCAGGAGCCUAGCCCAACCCCAGCAGCCAUCCCUCGCGCCCGGACAGCCGUCCGGACGGCCCACCCCGGCACCCCUGAGAGCUGGACCCGACACCAGCGGCCGUCACCUCUGCCUGGAGAACUGGCCCGCCUGCCACAGCGCUCCAGGGGACCGGCCCUCGCCAGCCCGGACAGAUGCCUGGCCCGCCCACCUCCACCCCGGCCUCCACGUCCCUCCGACACAGCUGGCCAGCUGUUGUGGGACCAGCCCAGCACCCUCCAGCCCCCGGAGAAUUGA